AUGGGCAUUUCUGUCCGUUCUCAUCUUAGGAUUAUUGCCUGUGCACGACUUGUUUCCACCGCAUCUUCCUCUUCAUCAUCCUUUCCCUUUCCUACUCAUCCUCGUCCAACUCCUUGGGACAUUUUCCACCUUCCUCAUAAUGCCUCUCAGCAGCAGAUAAAAGACAGAUAUUAUGAACUUGUCCGUGCCCAUCAUCCAGACUCACCCUCCUGUCGACUUCUUACCUCAGAGGUUCGGCAUGCUCGCUUUCAAGCAAUAGCCGCAGCGUAUGAUUCACUUCGACGAGGUCGCAGAGGUGGUAUAGGGAGCUUUGAUCCAUACACCGAAGAACUGGCUCGAAGGCGCCAUAUCUAUUACAAGCAUUAUCAUCGACGACACCAAGAGGAAGCAAUGGCCCCUAAAUACACCUAUCCAAGAUAUGACUGGAAUUCGAAUCCGGAUGACAGGUGGAAAGACUACAUGAUCAUUGGGUUUGGCGUCAUCUCACUUGUCAUCGGAAUCGCGCCAGGCGUAUUUCUAUACCCAUAUUAUGUUCAUAAGAGACACCAAGAAGCUGUCUUCAACCUGUCCCAAGCACGAUCAGAAGCACGGUUGGUUGGCGAGCAGAGGAUGAGAGAGAUGAGGAAUCGAGCGAACGAGCUCAAGUCGCGGGACGAUUCGUAA